CUAACCCAAAAUGGAAAUGGUAUACGUCAUAAACCGACUCAGACAGAAAAUUGCUUCAAAACUAAGCAAACCCACAUAGAAUUUUCUUGUUGCCCAAGUUCAUCUAGCUAGCUCACCAUAAAUAAAAGCCUAAACCCCCUUCAAUAUGUCACCUCCUCCCAAACCUAAAGGAGGAUCCAAAUCCAACAUACAAUCACAAUGACAAUGUUUCCACUCAACUUUGAGAGCCUCAACCUUACAAACAUGCCCACAACCGCAUCGUCCUUGUUCUCAGCCUAUGCCUCCCUCAACGCUUUCAUAAUGUUGGUCCGUUCCAUGCUUGAUCAGCUCAUCCCCCACGAGCUCCGCUACUACAUCUUCUCCUUCUUCCGCCGCCUCUUCACCUUCCCCUCCUCCGAGCUCACUCUUAUCGUCGACGAGAGCUGCGGGAUGGAACACAACACAAUCUAUGAGGCUGCCGAGGUCUACCUCCGGACCAAGAUCAGUCCCACCAACGACCGUCUCCGAGUGAGAAAGGCACCUCGGCAGAAGAACAUAACUGUCACCAUUGAGAAAGGAGAAGAAAUCAAAGACAGUUUCGAGGGGAUAAACAUCAACUGGCGCUGCGUGUGCAGCGGAGGAGAGGAUGAGCAGAACCGCCAUGCGCAACAGAAGCGUCAGUUUGAGCUGACGGUGAAGAAGAAACAUAGAGUCAAAGUGAUCGAGUCCUACUUGCCCUAUGUGCUCGAAAGAGCCGAGGUUAUUAAGAAUGAGAACAAGGUUGUGAAGCUCUACAGCCAAAUGGCGGAAUAUGAUCCGUAUGAUAGUGAUGGUGGAAGUUCGGACUGGAAUUCUAUAAAUUUAGAGCAGCCGGCUAACUUUGCGACACUCGCCAUGGAUCCGGAGGUGAAGAGGACAAUCAUUGAGGAUUUGGAUAGGUUUUUGAGGAGGAGUGAGUUUUAUAAGAAGGUUGGGAAGGCUUGGAAAAGAGGGUAUUUGUUGUACGGUCCACCCGGGACUGGCAAAUCCAGCUUGAUUGCAGCCAUGGCUAACUACCUCAAGUUUGAUAUAUAUGAUGUGGAGCUUACUAGUAUUCUAGACAACUCGGAGUUGAGGAGGAUACUGCUGAGUACUACAAACCGUUCUAUCUUGGUCAUCGAGGAUAUUGAUUGCAGUGUGGAGAUGCAAAACCGGGAUUGUGAGGAAGAUGAUCAUCAACCAUCUAACACUAAGAUAACACUCUCCGGGCUAUUGAACUUUAUAGAUGGUUUAUGGUCAAGCUGUGGAGAUGAGAGAAUCAUUGUGUUCACCACCAACCACAAGCACAAGAUAGACCCGGCAUUGUUGCGUCCUGGUCGAAUGGAUGUGCACAUUCACAUGUCGUAUUGCACUCCAAGCGGGUUCAGGAUCUUGGCCUCUAACUACCUUGGUAUACAAGAGAGCAAUCCUCAUCGCCUAUGCGGAGAAAUUGAGGAGUUAAUAGAGAGCACAAAGGUCACCCCCGCGGAGAUUGCUGAGGAGUUCAUGAGGAGUGAGGAUGCUGAUGUUGCUCUCGAAGGACUUGUAGAGCUCCUAAAGAAAAAGAAGGAAGAGAGUAACAAAAUUAGAUAUUCAGUCACAUUUCCAAUGUAUCCUUUCGAUUUCAAAGACAUGCCUACCUCGGCUUCUUCCUUGUUUUCUGCCUAUGCCUCAUUGGCUGCAUUCAUCAUGUUGGUUCGCUCCAUGGUAGACCAACUCAUCCCUCAUGAGUUGCGUUCAUAUAUUUACUCGUUCAUCCACCGAUUCUUCUACACCCCUCGAUGUUUGGACAUGACAGUCAUCAUUGAUGAGAAGUGUGGCUACAUCAACAAUGAAGUUUAUGACGCAGCGGAAGUUUACCUCCAGACCAAGAUUAGUGAUUCGAAUGAGCGUCUCCGAGUGACCAAAACACCAGGGCAGAAGAGUCUCAACGUUGUUGUUGACAAAGACCAAGAAAUCAUAGAUUUCUAUAAUGGCAUUAAGCUAAGCUGGCGUUUUGUGUGCGCUGAAGACAAGGAUAGUGGUUCUCGUGAUGAUGAAAAGCGUCGGUUUGAGCUGAUUUUUCACAAGAAGCACAGGACCAAGGUGAUAGACUCGUACUUGUCACAUGUGUUGGCUCGGGCUAAUGCAAUUAGAGAAGAGGAAAAGGUUCUCAAGCUUGAUUCUCAGCGUUCCGGUUCAGUAGAUUUGGAGCACCCUUCAACUUUCGACACAUUGGCUAUGGACCCCGAGCUUAAGAAGACGAUUAUUGAGGAUUUGGAUAGGUUUGUGAGGAGGAAGGAGUUCUAUAGGAAGGUUGGCAAGGCUUGGAAAAGAGGGUAUUUGUUGUAUGGUCCACCUGGUACUGGCAAAUCAAGCUUGAUUGCAGCCAUGGCUAACUAUCUCAAGUUUGAUGUGUAUGAUUUGGAGCUUACUAGUGUAUAUGACAACUCGGAAUUGAGGAGGAUAUUGUUGUCUACUUCGAAUCGUUCUAUUUUGGUCAUUGAGGAUAUUGAUUGCAGCGUGGACAUACAAAACAGGGAAUCUGAGGAGGAAAACAAUGAACAAUCUAACACCAGGGUAACGCUCUCGGGCUUAUUGAACUUCAUAGAUGGUCUGUGGUCGAGCUGUGGUGAUGAGAGGAUUAUUGUGUUCACCACCAACAACAAGGAUAAAUUAGACCCUGCAUUGUUGCGUCCUGGUCGAAUGGAUGUGCACAUUCACAUGUCGUAUUGCACCCCGAGAGGGUUCAGGGUCUUAGCCUCUAACUACCUUGGUAUUCAUGAAAGCAACCCUCAUCGCCUUUGUGGAGAAAUUGAAGGUUUGAUAGGAAGUUCUGAGGUUACCCCUGCUGAAAUUGCUGAGGAGCUUAUGAAGAGUGAUGAUGUUGAUGCUGCUCUUGAAGGACUUGUCAAUUUCCUCAAAAGAAAGAAAUCCGACAGAAGUAAAAUAAACGAUGAAGGGAGUCAGGGGACUAACAACAUUGAAACUGAAGAAAGAAAUGAAGAUGUAGAGAGAAAACAGACUUGAGUAACUUGGUGAUAUAUUUUGCAUCUUCCUUUCCUGAAUGUUCCUGUCAAUUCUGAGACAUUUUUUUUGCUAAGCGUGUCUCUUCUAUGAUUUGGAUGUAAUCCUAGAUUAGAUGAUCUCCUAGAGCCCUCAUGCUACUGCAAUCUUUGUGAUGUAGUGACUUGGCUAACUCGGUUUCAGAGAUUAAGAUUGAGAAUGCAGGAAGUUAUUU